ACACCUCGAUCCUCAUCAGCUUUGCAACAGGUUCUCCUUUUAGAAGCUUUGUGAUUUUUGGUGGGCGGCCAUUAGUGAGGUUUAGAGUCACUAUAUAUACAAAAACAUCUUUCACGCAUGUGUGUUUCAUGCCUGUGUUACCUUGCUUCCUCAUCACCUUAAGAAGUGAAUGACAGGUAGAAAGUUAGUUUUACUGUCAGUUGGAGGUUUUUUCAGCCCUGCUUUGACGAUCCCAUGAUUCCCUGUACUUGUUGUUCCUUUUAUAUUGUUUCUUCAUCCUCAUUCCUGUAUUUCUGAUGAAGAUGGACGGAAGAAGAAAAAGAAGAAGAGGCUCUGUUCUUCAAAGCACAGGACAUUGAUUUGAGGUACAGGAGAUGUCAGAAAAAGGCACUGAAUACGGGAAUCAUAAUUGAACCCCCUGUUUCUCACGGUUCACUUUUGAAGUGCUCCAAAGUUCUGCUUGGGGUAGAUAUAGAUAAAUGAUGUAGUCUGAAAUUAAGAUUGCCUCUUAAUCCCGGAUUAUCGUGAAAGAAGAGAUUUUGACCUAGAGAUCAAAGUUAGCAAAGAGGAGGCUUUUAUUUUUCUGUAAUUGCUUCCAUGGAGUCUCCAACUACGCAGACAAACAUAGGCCCAAAGAAGAUGACGAAGCAAUUGACAGGAAAACGCGAAGACACUCCCUUACACUCGGCAGCAAGAGAGGGACAUCUAGACGCGGUUAAAGAAAUCCUCUCUGGGACCGGAGAUGAUGAGUUGAAGGGCUUGUUGUCAAAGCAGAACCAGUCGGGAGAAACAGCCCUCUACGCUGCUGCUGAAUACGGUCAUGUUGAUGUUGUAGAGGAGAUGAUCAAAUACUAUGAUAUUGUAUCCGCCAGCAUCAAAGCCAAGAAUGGCUAUGAUGCCUUCCACAUCGCUGCCAAGCAAGGGGACUUGGAGGUAUUGAAGGUGCUGUUGAAGGUCCUUCCAGAGCUACUAAUGACUGUAGAUCUAUCUAAUACUACAGUAUUGCAUACGGCUGCAACACAAGGCCACGUUGAAGUGGUGAAUUUCCUCCUGGAGGAGAGAAGCAGCUUGGCCACAAUAGCAAGAAGCAAUGGGAAAACUGCCUUGCAUUCUGCAGCAAGGAAUGGGAACGUGGAGGUUGUAAAGGCCCUUCUAAGCAAAGAACCUAGUAUUGCCAAACGGAAUGACAAGAAGGGGCAGACGGCACUCCACAUGGCAGUGAAGGGGCAGAAACUUGAGGUGGUGGAGGAGUUGGUCAAGUCAGUCCCUUCUUUGAUCAACAUGGUUGAUACCAAGGGCAACACAGCAUUGCAUAUAGCGACCAGGAAGAAUCGACCUCAGAUUGUAAGGAAGCUUCUAGACUAUACAGAUACUGAUAGAAAAGCUGUUAACCGAUUAGGGGAAACUGCAAUUGACAUAGCUGAGAAAAUGGGGUACUCUGAACUUGUGGCACUCUUGGAGGAGUACGGUGUCCAGAGUGCCAGGGCUAUGAAGUUGCCACCAAACCCAGCACGAGAACUGAAGCAGACCGUAAGUGACAUAAAGCAUGGGGUCCACUACCAGCUUGAGCACACACGCCAGACAAGGAAGCGGGUUCAGGGGAUCGCCAAGCAGCUCAACAAGAUGCAUGCAGAGGGCCUCAACAACGCAAUCAACUCCACAACCGUGGUUGCUGUCCUCAUUGCUACUGUUGCUUUUGCUGCUAUCUUCACCGUCCCUGGCCAGUAUGUUGAUGACCCAAAAAAUAUUCCACCUGGCCUCUCCCUUGGGGAAGCACAUAUUGCUCCAAAAGCACCAUUCAUGAUCUUCUUCAUCUUUGACUCUGUUGCACUCUUCAUAUCUCUGGCUGUUGUAGUGGUACAGACCUCAGUUGUAGUCAUAGAGAGCAAAGCAAAGAAACAAAUGAUGGCAAUCAUCAACAAACUAAUGUGGUUGGCAUGUGUACUUGUCUCAGUUGCAUUUUUGGCACUUGCAUUUAUAGUGGUGGGUAAAAAUGAGAGAUGGUUGGCUAUUGGGGUGGCAAUUAUAGGGACAACAAUCCUAGCAACCACAUUGGGGACAAUGUGCUAUUGGAUUGUGAUGCACCGCAUUGAGGCCUCGAACCAGAGGAGCAUUCGGAGGUCAUCACUUGAUAGCAGGUCUCGUUCCUGGUCUAUAUCAGUAGUCUCAGAUCCAGACACCGAGUAUAAGAUGUAUGCAAUUUGAGACAUACUAUGCCAUGUAACUUUUUUCUUUGUAUGGCGUCUCAGAUCUAUUGCAUCUUUAGAUAAUUAGAUGUAUUCUCCCUGUAUGUAUAUUUUCUUCCUUUAACAGUUGAUGCAGCAACUGUCUCUUGCUCCAAGAUCAUGUAGAAAAGGAUGAAAUCAUAAAAGUACAGUGUUUGUGAUUAAACUAAAGGAAACUUUGUCUUGUUAAAACAUCAGAUAAUAAUCAAGUUAUGAUCACUUUA